AUGGAGAAGAACUACUAAAGGAAUAAAAUAAAAACAAAUUAAUUCUGCAAAAAGAAAAAUCAUGAGAAAAUUCUUUUUGAAAGUAAUUUUUUAGUACUUUUAUAUUAUAGAUAAAAUGUUGGCUGCAAAUAAAAUUGUCCAUUUGAAUCUCAAAACUAUAUUAAUGGAUUCUGUUAAGACUUUUCUUGUAAAUAUUCUUCUAAAUAUUAGAAGCAAAGUAAUUUUUUGAGAGUUUCGAAUAGUUUACAUCAUAAACAAGCAUUCUCCAAUAUUCUUUGAUUUAUGAUCCUUUGAAAAUUGAUACUAGUCCAUCACUUUUAUAUAAUUAAAAUGAUUAUUUAUUUGGUAUCUUUAAAUUUAACUCAGGAUUUUGUAGAUUUAUUAGUUUUUAAACCUCAUAUUAUAAAAAUUAUUUAAUAGGUUUGAGAAUAGAACUAUUGAUUUUUAAUUCCAUACCCUUAGGAUGUGGUAUGGAAUUUAAAAUUAAUAAUACUUAUUAUGGUUCAAUUUUCUAAACAACUUAAGGAGUUUAAACUCAUAAAAUCAAAAUUGAAGAUACCAUGUCUCCCUCUAGUUGUUAUUCAACAGACAGUGUCUAUUAAAGGUUUAGUCUAAAUGGAUUUUUUGAUAUACCUCAAUAUUCAUUUCUAUUAACAGCAUAAGGGAACUAUACGUAAUAUUAAUCAUCAAUAACCAAUCUAGAAAUGCAGAAGCCGGAUGGGGAAUCAGCUCAAUUCUGGUUACAAAUGGAUAUUGUUCCUCAACAUUUUUGAUCUGUGAUGCAUGGAAUUAAAGUAUAAAUAAUCCCUGUACCUUUUAUCUGCUUAACUUGCAGAAGUGGAUAUUUUAAAAAUAUAUAAGGUACUUGCGUAUCUUCCUGUUCUCAACCUUAUUAGAAUCUUGUUAAUUCAUUAUGUCAAGAUAAUGAUGAUGAAACACCUUGUAAUAUAUAUAUUUUAAUUUAGAUUCUAAAUAUUUAAUUAAAGAAUAUAUAAAUUUAGCAUAUGACCCUACAUAAUACUCAAAGUAUGUUUUGUUAUCUCAAAAUUGUAUUAAUUUCUUGAAAGGUUCAAGUAUUUACUAUUCUUAUUGGAAAUCUACAAGGGUCUUUGGAGGUCAAUAUGUAUGGGCUUAGGCUAAAUUUUCAAGAACAUUUAAUUAAUUAAAUCCUCAUCAUAGUGUAACUAUUGGAUUUUACAUUUUAUAUGGUCCUAAUUUACCUGCUGAUGGCUAAUUUAUAUACUCAGUUGAUUCUAUUAUUUAAGUUUAAAAAUCAUUAAGCAAUAGUUAUACUACUAAUACAGAUAAUACAAAAUAUCAGAGAAUUCAGGAGAGAUUACGAUUACUUAUAACUCUAAUGUAAUUAAGUUUUCUUAAGCGGAAUGCUUAUCUAAUCAAUAUUAUUUUAAACCUACUCUUAGUUGUUUAGAUUGUUCUUCUUCUUGUUUGAGUUGCACUUCUCAACUUCAUUGUUUAACUUGCUAAACCUCUUAUAUCUAGACAAAAGAAGGGUGUGUUUGUAAAAUAAAUCAAUAUGAAUACUAAAAUUAAUGUUAUGAUUGUCCUAUAGAAUGUAAUUAAUGUUUAAGUGCAACUUAUUGUAUAGAAUGUUUAAUAAUAAAUAAUAGAAGACUUUUAAAUGGAUAAUGUGUUUGUAUUGAUGGUUAUUAUCCAAUCAUAGAUAAUCAAAUCUGUUUAAUUUGCCAUAAAUUUUGUGAAACUUGUUCUGGUCCAACAAAUAAUGAUUGUAUGACUUGCAACAAUAUAAGUAUGAUUGAAAAAAUAGGAUCUACUUGCUCAUGUCCAUUGGGUACAAGUUAUUAAGAAUCAACAAAUUCAUGUAAUUCAUGCCUUUUUCUUGUUAAACAUGCUUUAGAGCAAGUAUUAAUGGUUUUCUUACUUGUAAUUCAUUAAAAUUUCGAGUUUUAAAAGGUUUAGAAUGUGUGUGUCAUCCUGGAUAUUAUGAGGUAAACAAUGAUUGUAUAGGUAUUAAAUUUAAUAUUACAUAGCCUGCCCAAUAGAAUUAGAUAGUACUUUAAGUUAGUGUUAUAAAUAAUGCAAUAAUAAUUCAUAAAUUUGGCAUUCUUAAAAUUGCCUUUAAUGCGAUUCUGGUUUUAUAAUAGAAUUUGAUGAAUGUCGUCCUAUUUGUGGUGAUUUAUAAGUUUUAGGAUAUGAACAAUGUGAAGAUGGAAAUUCUCUAUUUGAUGAUAAAUGUUACAAUUGUUAAUUUUAAUGCCCAUAAAAUUGUUUGAAUUGUGAUUCAUCUACAGUUUUACCUUGUCCUGAUAUAUGUGGAGAUGGUAUAAUCACAGGUAAUGAAGAAUGUGAAGAUGGAAAUUCUAUUGAAUAUGAUGGAUGUUAUAAUUGUCGAUAUUAAUGUUAACCUGAAUGCACAAAAUGUAUUAAAGGAUUAUGUUAAGAAUGUGCAACAAGAGGAUGGUAAUUAGAUCCUACUUAGACUCCUUGGGUUUGCAAAGAAAAAUGUGGCUAUGGUAUAAAAGUUGGUUCUGAAUAAUGUGAUGAUGCUAAUUCUAUUGACACAGAUGGAUGCAAAGAUUUUCCAUUUUUUGUAGAUUAGGUUGCUUAUCUUGUCAUUACAAUACAAAUACUUGCUUGA